CGUUCAUCAAGUGCAAAGUUUUCAUCGGAUGCCUACGGUUACUGCCAGUAUCGAGUUUGAGUCGCCGCAACAUGGACAAUCAUCCAACUUCUCGGUGUCACCAUUGCAAUUUCGAUAUCGCAGCAUCCCAUCGUCAAUCUCCAGGACCAUCCCAAUAUCUCCUUGAAAAAUAUACGAAGUCUAAUAAAUACCCUCACAUUCACGAGGCCGCUUCUAUCAAGGCUGCGAUGGAAGAGGCGAAGAACCAGGAAAUACUUUUGGACGAAACAAUCGCGCAGUUUCAAUCUGCCAUUGCUUCCCUUUCAGCAGAAAAAGCAAGGAUCCAGAAGGUUAUCAGGCAAUAUAGAUGGAUCUUACGCCCAAUUCACGGGCUUCCGCCUGAGAUCCUUAUCAGAAUAUUCUCUUUUACCCUGGACUUCCCGGUUCCCAGCAAAAACGAGGGUGGAUACGAGACCUACUGGCCAUCGUCGUCUCUCAGUCCUUCCGGUAUGCCUUGGGUUUUGGCACAGGUAUCUCGAUUGUGGCGCCACCUCGCAUUAGCCGUACCAAGCCUUUGGAGCUUGGUUUCCCUCUCCUGGCACCCAGUGCCGGGGGAGGUGACUGAGAGCCUCAAGUUACAUUCACAGAUUCAUCUUCUGUGUUUACAGAUACAACGUUCCGAGAACUAUCCACUAGAUGUCGUCGCAUCUACUCGCAAUCCCAUCAGUAUAAUUCCCCUGUAUUCCCAUUCCCAUCGCUGGCGAACCCUACACAUCGAGCUGGACAACGAAUCUGUGCUCACUACCUCUCUCAUACGUGGCCGCCUCCCUCUAUUGGAAUCAUUGGAGCUUCGGUGGAGCGGAGGGCCUAUUAACGAACUUGACUGUUUCGAGUUCGCACCACGGUUACAAACACUCAGAUUAUCAGGCGAAAUCGGCACAAGAGUGGGGGAUUUCCCUCUGAAAUUACCCAAACUUCAAAUAAAACACCUUUCCAUACACGAUCUCCACAAUUCAACACAUCUCGCCUUCAUAUCUCACCACAAGGCGGUCAAAGAAUUCCCAAAGCUACAGACGUGCCGGUUCUCAUUCCAUUUGGAGACCAUUCAUAGCUUCCUUCACCUACGAACUCAGUGGCCGGACACGCAUGUGUUUUUGAGAAACCUGGAGGAACUGGAGUUGUACCACGCCCAGGAGAUUGGAGGAAUCGAGUCGAUGUUAUCUUGGAUCAAAGCCCCCUCACUGAAGACCCUCAGCAUCUUUUCAACAGGACCAAACCGAUCCCCUUUCGAAGAUUUCUUCGCACAACCUGCGUCAUUGACAUCGCUCACGAUUCACCGAGUCGAGAUGCCUGCAUCCGAGUUUUCCGCCAUCCUAGCCCUUCUGAAGGGCUUGCAGCAUCUUAAAUUCGGUGUUCUCAAUGGAAUCACCAACGAUUAUCUGGAGCCGCUAUCUGCAACUAUGUUGGACGAACUUUCGAUUGUUCCUGACCUCCAUAAGCUGGCUCUACUCCCUACUCCAGGCUGCGCUCACCUACCAUACGACGACGAUCUGCUUGUAAACGUUCUAGAAGCGAGGUGGAGAGGUCAACUUACAGCCGAUGACUGGCGGUGCUCCACUGGUCCUCCAGAUGGUCUAUUUUCUGUGGAACUCGACCACGAAAUCACGAGCGAGAAGGCGCGGAGGAGAAUAGAUGUGCUUCGUGCUGAAGGGAUGCAUAUAAAGGAGUGUAACGUGUCAAAAGGCUCCGAGAGCGUUUUGACCAGAUGACUACUCAGCUCGUUUGAUCAUACAUGACUGUC